UCCACCUUUAAAGUGAUGAACACAUUAAAGCUUCAAUAAUCAUAAUACUAUAAUAUAAAAUGUACUAUUCUGCAUAGUGAGUACUUCUACAUUUGGUACUUUAAUUAAUACUAUUUUGAGGACUUUUACUUGUAACACAAUAUUUCUACCAUAUCUACAAUGUUGUAUUAGUACUAUUACUGCAGUAAAACAUCAGAAUACUUGUCUUUCCUCUGGUUAAUAUAUAAUAAUAUAACUGUAUAUCAGGUUAAUAUACAAACUGUAGGAACCUGCAGUACCUGUAGAUCAGACCCCAGGCCAGGAGGUGGCAGCACUGCACCAGAAACCGACCGAAAAAAGAGCAGCAGAAGAAGGAGCCGCUAGCUGCUACUGUUGACAUGACGAUCAGAGAGCAUCAAUGGAGAUAAACGGGACAUAAAACAUCGCUUCUAACGCGCUGAACGGUCACCAGCGGAUGAGGGCGGAGCUUCCCAGCGGUCACGAUGGAGGACACGGAGCCGGAGCUUUCCCCCCCCGCCCCCUCUGAUCAGAACAGCCCCUCCCCCGUCACCCCCCCUCUGGGUGUGAUCAGCGAGGCCGUGGGCGAGCUCGGCCCGGUGAUCGACGCCGAGGUGGCCCAGCAGGCGUGCCGGGAGGUUCUGCAGCAGGUGAAGCUCCACCAGGUGGACGGUGAUGUCGCCGACCUGCCCAAUGGGGAGGCGGAGCCUGACAAGGAGGCGGAGCCUGAACCCGAGCUACCGUUAAGCGUCCCGGUGAAACUGCCGGCGGACGACCCAGAGGGUCCGGCCCCCGGCUCGGUGAAGAGCGCCCGGUGGCGCCAGAGACACAACCCGUCCAAACAGUCGUGGCUGCUCCGCCUGUUCGAGUCCAAGCUGUUCGACGUCUCCAUGGCGAUCUCCUACCUGCACAGCUCCAAGGAGCCAGGGGUGCAGGCCUACAUCGGGAACCGGCUCUUCAGCUUCGCCCACGACGACGUGGACUUCUACCUCCCGCAGCUGCUCAACAUGUACAUCCACAUGGACGAGGACGUCGGGGACGCCAUCAAGCCUUACGUGGUGCACCGCUGCAGACAGAGCAUCUCCUUCAGCCUGCGCUGCGCCUGGCUGUUGGGAGCGUACUCCUCCGACAUGCACAUCUCCACGCAGCGUCACUCCAGAGGCACCAAGCUGAGGAAGCUCAUCCUGUCUGAUGAACUCAAACCGUCGGGGUCCCGGGCCCGCAGAGACCCCCUGACUCUGACUCUGACGCCUUUCUGUCCGUUGGCGGCGUCCACCGGCGAGCACAGUCUGUCGCCCUCCAAACGCACACAUCAGCGCUCCAAGUCGGACGCCACCGUCAGCAUCAGUCUGAGCAGCAACCUGAAGAGGACGGCCAGCAACCCCAAGGUGGAGAGCAGCCAGGACGAGGACAGCAGCUCCAGCUCAGACAGUCUGGAGUUUAAGACUCGUCCCCCGGUGCGUCUGGCUCCUCAGAGGGAGUUCAUAAAGUCUCUGAUGGGGAUCGGUAAGCGUUUGGCGACGCUGCCGACCAAAGAGCAGAAGACUCAGCGUCUGAUCUCAGAACUGUCGCUGCUCAACCACAAGCUGCCAGCUCGAGUCUGGCUGCCGACGGCGGCCUAUGACCACCACGUGGUGCGAGUGCCCCACACUCAGGCUGUGGUGCUCAACUCCAAAGACAAGGCUCCGUACCUGAUCUACGUGGAGGUCCUGGAGUGUGAGAACUUCGAGACAUCCAGCGUUCCGAUCCGGAUCCCGGAGAACCGCAUCAGGAGCACCCGUUCCGUGGAGAACCUGCCGGACUGCGGCAUGACGGCGGACCAGAGAGCCGGCAGCUUCUCCACGGUGCCCAACUACGACAACGACGACGAGGCCUGGUCCGUGGACGACAUCGGGGAGCUGCAGGUGGAGCUCCCAGAGAUCCACACCAACAGCUGUGACAACAUCAGCCAGUUCUCAGUGGACAGCAUCACCAGUCUGGAGAGCAAAGAGCCGGUGUUCAUCGCUGCUGGAGACAUCAGGCGGCGUCUGUCGGAGCAGCUGGCUCAGGCUCCCACCACGUUCAAACGGGACCCUGAAGACCCGUCAGCUGUGGCCCUGAAGGAGCCCUGGGAGGAGAAGGUCCGGAGGAUCAGAGAAGGAUCUCCUUACGGUCACCUUCCUCACUGGAGGCUUCUGUCUGUCAUUGUUAAAUGUGGAGACGACCUGAGACAGGAGCUGCUGGCCUUCCAGGUGCUGCAGCAGCUCAAGUCUAUCUGGGAGCAGGAGCGGGUCCCCCUCUGGAUCAAGCCCUAUAAGAUCCUGGUGCUGUCGUCAGACAGCGGGAUGAUUGAGCCGGUGAUGAACGCCGUAUCUCUCCACCAGGUGAAGAAGCAGAGCCAGCUGUCUCUGCUGGACUACUUCCUGCAGGAGCACGGAGCUCCGACCACCGAGGCCUUCCUGUCCGCUCAGAGGAACUUCGUCCAGAGCUGUGCCGGAUACAGCCUCAUCUGUUACCUGCUGCAGGUCAAGGACAGGCACAACGGGAACAUCCUAAUGGACGCCGAAGGUCACAUCAUCCACAUCGACUUCGGCUUCAUCCUGUCCAGCUCUCCCAAAAACCUUGGCUUCGAAACGUCCGCCUUCAAACUCACCACCGAGUUCGUGGAUGUGAUGGGCGGUCCAGAUGGAGACAUGUUUAACUACUACAGGAUGUUGAUGCUUCAGGGUCUGAUAGGAGCCAGAAAACACAUGGAGAAGGUUCUACAGAUAGUGGAGAUCAUGCAGCAAGGAACCCAGCUGCCCUGCUUCCACGGCUCCAGCACCAUGAGAGGUCUGAAGGAACGGUUCCACAUGAGUCUGACGGAGGAGCAGCUGCAGCUGUUAGUGGACCAGCUGGUGGACGGAUCCAUGAGGUCUCUGACCACCAAGCUGUACGACGGCUUCCAGUACCUCACCAACGGGAUCAUGUGACCUGAUGAGGUCAUCAUGAGGUCAUGUGACCCACGAAGAGACUGAUGACCCUCCUGUUUUAUACCUGGACCUCAGAGACCAUGAGCCUUCCUCUGCUGGUCCUCCUCCUCUUCUUCUUUUAUUCCACUUUUUCUUCUUCCUGUUGUUUCUUCUUCUUCUUUUUCCAUAUUUGGGCAGAUGGCCCUGAUUGGCUGCUCAGCCGGACUCUUAGCCAAUCAGAGAGCAGACGCAGUUCUUUUAGUUUGAAAUGUGAACACUCAGCAGGUAGUCUUUUACCGUGGAGACGGAUUGUUUAUUCAUGUUUCAUCUGUUCAGCUGUAAAAACACUGAAAACAGUUAAUAAAUAACUUUGUGUCAGAAAGUAAUUCUUUAAUCUGUCGUACUUUUUAAGAACUCAAAUAAACGUCUUUAUAUAUUCGUAUGUUGCACAUUGGAUAUUCACCGUUAAAUAGAAACAUGAUAUAAUAUAGAAAUAUGGUGAAUAAACAUACAAAUAAGAGUUUAUUAAACACGUUUAUUAUUAAAGUGUCAAGUGUAUAUUAAUAGGGAAAGAAUAAAUAGUCCUGUGGAUGUCAGAGGGUCCUUCAGGGUCCUUGAAGAGAACAA